AUGGAAAACGUACCAAUGUCAAACCUACAAAUAGUUAUCAACAAAAUGCAGGUUAGUAUACGAGAACUAUCUGCCUCGAAUGUAAAUCCUGAUGGCAUGUUAUAUCGAGCGGAGCCACGCCACUUCCACGAAGUCUUAUAUUCUAAGUUUAAUGAACCUUUGACUUUUACAUCUAAUAUUUUAAUGAACAAUAUUAAUUGGCAAGAAUAUAGCCCGCCGGCAGAAAUCUUAUCUGGGAUUGAAGGUUUCAAUGGCUCCAAAUGGGGUAUUCCGCAACUCUCUACAAUAAUCACAAGAUCUAUAGGUGAAGCUGCGUCGCGCAAAAAGUUGGGAUUUCUCGAAGCCGCAUCUCAAUCAAACAAGACGACCAGUAUAUUAACUAUCAGCAAGAAAUCUCAAGCAUCCAGUUCAUCCAGUGUCACUGUAGCAGGUCCAUCCAGAUCAAAACUUGAAACAAUUGCAAGAGACAAAGACACUUCGAUUAUUGAGGAAAAUCAACCGUCUCGAGUAAACAGCCAACUGUUGAAGGAGACUAGCACUACGUCUGAUUCUGGGUAUAUUUCUGCUGCCGAAAAAUAUCAUUCAGGGUCGAGUUCAAGGCUUCCUCGUCAGGGAUGUAGCAAAUUGACCCCCCUUGCUAGGUUUAUUAAGAUGCUUAAGAAGAGACAACAUAAGGGCAAAUCUGUAGUUGCGGAGCCUCUCAGAGAAUGUGUCUCAUGUUUGGAUGAUUUUCCAGUGAGCGACAUGGUUCAUGUGCAGUGCCACGACUAUUGCAAAGAUUGUUUCGAAAGACUAGUCAUUACUGCCAUGGAAACAGAGUCGAUGUGGCCGGUUAAGUGCUGUCUCAACGAUAUAUCACAUAAGGCCAUUGUAAAAAAUGUCAACCCAAACCUGGCAAAAGAAUUUCAACUGAAGGUUUGCGAGCGAAAGAUCGCUUCAGGAGACCGAAUCUAUUGUAUUAAGCCAAGAUGUGAAAGUUGGAUUCCCAACAGUUGUAUCGACAAAGGUCGCAAAUGUGCAUCUUGUCCUUCUUGCAAAGGAAAGGUGUGUGUCACUUGCAGAGGUUCAUGGCAUGCAAAUAUGGAGUGCCCUCAGGACAAAGAUAUUCAAGCUACAGCCAGUUUAGCAGAUGAGAGAGGCUGGAAGCAAUGUUAUAAUUGCAGAAUUUUCAUCGAACUUAACAAAGGCUGUAGGCAUAUGAAAUGCCGUUGUAAAGCCGAAUGGUGUUACGUUUGUUCUGCGAAAUGGAAGACCUGUGGAUGUACAGAAUUUGAUCUUGAUAAGUUAGUGCUAAACUUGCAACUAAGACAAGAAGCUGCUGCUCGAGAAACGCAGUUACAGGAAACAAAAACUAGGCAAGAAGAGGAACAAAUCAGGCGGGAGGCUGUAAGAAUUAGAAAAGCGGCAGAAGAAGAACGCAUUGCUAUUCAAAUGGUCGAGGAUUUCGAACGACGAGAGGCCGACGGAUUAGGAAGAGAAGCCGAAAGUGUUUUUCAAUUUGAAGAAGCCGUUCGGGGUCGCCGAGAGGAUAUGGCUUCUAAAUUCAUCGAAAUAAGAGAAGAGCUAAAUGCGUUACAUCAUUCACAAAAAUCACGUCUUGCAACUCGCUCGCAGGAGGAAUUUCGAAUGUUACAAGAACGAGGAAAUGGGUUCUACAAGCUACUCAAAUGUCAUGUAAGCCAAUGUGACCAGUUAAAGAAAGAAUACAAAACAGAAUACUCGAACCAAGAGCUUCGUUUCCAAAAUGAAUACGAUCAACGUCGGGAAGAGGAGAUCCGUGCUGAGAAGGAAAAUACGGAGAAGCUUGAAACCUUCUGGAAAGACAAACCGGAUGCUGCAUAUAUUAUUCGAGCUGCAAAAGAUUCACACCAGGAAGGUUAUAUUGUAGCGUUCAGAAACUGGGACUUUAACAGGAAAAUCGCUCUACAAGAGUGCACUAAGAAUUUCGAGUUAAAAAAUUCAUCUCUGAUAAGGUCUCAAAUUUUGGAUGAUGCCAAUUUCAGGUUGAAAAUGCGCGAUGAGUGGAGAGAGUGGGCAAGAAAUAAGGUCGCCGAGGUCCGAUGGUUUGACGCUGUUAUUGCUGAGCGAGAACAUAUGUUACAAACUCUAGAGAAUGAGCAGUAUACAAUGGCUACAGCAGAGUCUGAAAGAGGCAGAUCAUUAAUUCCCGCUCAAUUACUUAACCGCGAUGAUCCUAGCCCAGUAAUAGCUCCAGUCCCAUCGAUCCCAUCAUGUGCAAUUCCAUGUAUUGCAUCAGCAGUAUCCGCAGAAACAAGUUGUGGUGCCACGGAUCUAGCGUGUCAGUGUAAUCCUGACAAUGCUAAUUUGAUCCAAGGAGUAGCCACAAGCUGCGUGCUUCAGGCUUGUGGAAUCCAGGAAGCUCUUCAGGUCCUGGAUGAUGCUACUGCAGAAUGUUCUUCUGUAAUUGCGGCUGGGAAUGCUAAUGCGGCCCCUUCCUCAGCGGCCCCUUCAGUAAUAGCAUCUGCAGUCCCAACUUCGGUUCCUGUUAGCAUAUCGGCAGUUCCGUCAUCUGUCCCUACUACUACUCCCAUUGAUUCUAGUCCCCCAUCUGCAGUUCCAUCUUCAGUUGCGGGCUCGGUUUCUUCGGCUGUUCCCUCCUCGGUACCAAAUGCGUCACCAAAUGCCACAUUUGUUAUCCCUGCUUGUGCAGAUAGUUGCAUUCAGAAUGCUAUUGGGUCCACUUCUUGUGGACUCACCAACUUUACUUGUCAGUGUGAGAAAAGCAAUGCGGAGAUUAUUCAGGCUGCUACUGUUUAUUGUAUAGCUGCAGAUUGUGGAGAAAACGGGGUUUCUGUUGCUAUUGAAAUCAAUAGAUCACAAGUUGACAAUUGUACCGCAUUAUCGACUCUCUAUAAUUCAUCAUCAUCAAUCACGGGCUCAGUAACAGCCAAUGGACCAACACAGAUAAGUCUUACCGGCAACCCAUCCGGUAUAUCUACAGCACUACCUCCUUGCGGACCACCUAUUCCAGCUUCUUCAGCAGCGCCCACGGAUCCAGGGAGUGUUGGAAGUGGUCCAUCAUACUAUGGAUAUCCAACGCCGUCAAACCCAAUUGUUCCUCCCGGAUCACCAACUUCAGGUGCUGGAGAUCCAUCGGAAACUGUAUCCAGCACUCCAACUGAUCCAGGGUCAGCUUCUUCAACUAAUAUCAGUGUAGAUCCAUCAGAUAGUUCUGGAUCUGUACCUACUGAUCCUAGUUCCCCGAUAAGUAGUGGAUCUUUCCCUUCAGGAGCUGGUUCUAGCACACCUACGGAUCCAGGGUCAGCACCUUCGACCAGCAUCAGUGCAGAUCCAUCUGGAAUUGCAUCCAGCACUCCAACUGAUCCAGGAUCGGCUUCUUCAACUAGUUUGAGUGCAGAUCCACCCGGUGGUUCUGGAUCUUCGCCCACUGAUCCAAGUUCUCCAAUAAGUGGUGGUUCUUUCCCGUCAGGCGGUUCAACUCCCGUAGAUCCAGGAUCAGCCUCUUCAACCAACACAAGUGUAGACCCAUCCGGGACUUCUGGAUCAUCAUCAACUAUCCCAGGUUCAUUCCCUUCUAGCAGUUCUCCAGUCCCCACAGAUCCAGCAGGAGGUGUGGAUCCCACCGGAGCAGCUUCCAGCACAUAUUCUUCAGACCCAUCUGGAGCAUCAAGCACGCCUCCUGGUGGAAAUGAUAAUGGACCAAGUUAUGGAUAUGGACAUGGAUAUGGUACUUAUUACCCCUCUAGCACACCCACACCGACUGGAAAUGGAGGCGAUCCCAGUGAUCCAUCGGGAAGUGGUGGUGUUUCGGUAUCUUCUUCAGCUACGGGAGCGGUUUCUUCGAGCAGCCAGUCGAUUGGAGCGCCUAGCACUUCUGGAGGCGACCCUCCGAACCCGAGUACUUCUGGUGGAGAUCUCUCAUCACCAAGUACAACGGGUGGAGAUUCUUCCUCGCCAACUACUUCUAAUGGAGAUCCAUCUUCACCAAGCACAACUAACAGUGAUCCGUCUCCACCCACAAUCUCAAGCGGGCUAAACAAUCCAUCCAGCUUCCCCUCUGGAACCAAUCCCUCUUCUUCUUCACCCUUUAACUCAAACAACCCCCCUCCAACACCACCAGCCAGUGGAGGCUAUUACGGCUACAAUCCCGGUUCAGCGCCAUCAUCACCCACUUUCACAUCACCCUCCACCCCAGCCAUCCCAACAUCUCCAACCGAUCCCAACCCCCCCUCCUUCCGACUCUCACUCCUUCCCUCCCGCUACUCUCUCCUCACAUACAUCAUGCGCGUAUACUUCAACCUCUCUCCCCCCUCCCCCUUCAUAUCAUCCCGGGGUCUCACAACCAAUUCUCGUACUUCUGCAUGCUUAUUUUCCAUCUCCUCAUCCGGCUUACUUUCCUGUUCCGGUUCUUCAUCUUCCAACUCUCAUUCUCGUACCGGAAAUGCCGAUAACAACACCGAAGAUGCAAAAACGAGAUAUUUCGGAGAUGAAUUCGCUCGCGCGUGGGAUUCUGGGUAUACGGUUUUACAGACGCGGAAUAGGUUGAGGGAUAUGCAGGGUAAGGAUUUAAACGGGACGUUGGUGGUGGAUUCAACGAGUGAGUAUCCGUAUGGGAGUUUGUUGAAGUUGAGAAAUGGGGAGUUUAUUGGAAAUGAUAACCAAGCCCGUUUCUGCGCUCAAACAUCAUCUUCCAUUCCUUCAACCUAUGGAUCCGCGAACCCAGACGCGACACAAAGCCAACCCGAUGCGUUUUUGGAAGGAAGUCCAGUUCGUGCGUAUAUUAAUGGGACACAAGGGCUACCUGCGAAUUGUCAAGAGGUGAAAUUGGUGAUCGAGUGGGUUGAUGGGGGUGCUUAA